AUGAAAACCGACUUUUUGAAAAUACAGUAUCAACAGGGGAUCGACUACUAUGCCGUCCUCGGCCUGGAGGAAGGAGCUAGUCCUGCAGAAGUGAACAAGGCGUGGAGAAGGGAGGUCUUACUCCAUCACCCGGACAAGAACCCUUCAUUGGUGAUUCCCUCUUCUUCAACAGGAGUAUCAGGUGCCAGUACACCCAGUGGUUCGGAAGAACAGAACGCAAAGAUUCACCUGAUCAACCAAGCGCGCCUUGUGCUUACCGACCCCGUUUUGCGUGAAGAAUGGCUCUCGUCCUUUUUAUCGAACGCACAGCAACCCCAAAAACCGAAAGAAGAAGGUCCUCACGUCUUCAGACACAUCAGUCUGGACGAAUUUGAGCCUUGCUAUGCCUCAACGACAUCUGGGGGAACUGGAGAGGCCGAGGAUGAAGAGGAACCGACUCAUUUCGUACACCCCUGCAGAUGUGGCGGAGAGUUCCUCAUCACUACCGAGCAGCUGGACCAAGGCGUUGAUGUGGUGGGAUGUGAAGGUUGUGGAGAGUGGGUCAGGGUGGGGUAUGAAGUUGUAGAAGAGGAGGAUUAG